CAAUCAAAAACAACAUUUUUGUCUCUCAGCAGUCCUCAUCAGACAAUCAUGUAUGAAAAUGAAUAGUGACGCAGAUGGCGAUUAUACAACGAGCUCAGACUCGGGCUCAGCGGCCUCCGAACGGCCCAAUCGCUGGGAUGGUGCGCCUUCGACAUGGCAGUACAUGAACCGCGAGGAGAUCAACACACUUACAGCGUUCAAUGAGUUGUCCAACAGCGAUCUCUCAGUUCACCUGUACAAUGCUUUCAUGCUCAAGAAGAAUGGUAGCCGGGCCAAUGGCGAAUUUGGACCGCUUCCAAACGAGGAUAUCAACGCCGCCACAGGGCAGAAGAUCCAGGCGGUAGACUGGGUCCCUCAACGCUCGUGGACGGCUUGGCCGAUGAGCGCGAGCGCCGUGCCUGCCUCUGAGUUUGACAAACAGAUUGAGGAAGCGGACGCCGAUGAGAUCUUCACCGUCAGGAAGCAAGAAGUGGACUUGCCCAGCCGCGCGCUUGAAGAGGCCGUCUCGGCUGCGAUGUUGAGGUUUUCCAAAGCGAAAUUUGAGAGCAGAGCUUGGGAUGAGGGUAGCCUGGGCCAAUUUGACGUCGCCAAUGACGAUCGCGAUGGCUUGAGCGACCAUGAUUCGUCUGAGUCGGCUACGACAGGGUCAAGGUCAAGGUCCAGGUCAGUGCCAAGGCCCGCAUCCGCGCAGGUGCGGUCGAUAAAGCAGGAGACUGAGACUGAGACGGAAGAUGCUAUCAAGGGCGGCAAGAUACAGGUGGACGGCAGUGAUGGUGAAGAUGGAGAUGGACUUAAGGCGCGUCCUCUGCGGCCGACUGUCGCAACCGAUGACCAGCUUUCCUAUGCGUUGCUACGUCCGAUUGCUCGGCACAUUCUUUCACAGCUGGAUGCUACUCUCGUAGUGCUUCACAACGCACGGGAGACCACCAUGAGCUACCUAUCCGACUCUUCGAGCGAGUCAGAACCGUCUAGGGAGCCUCUGAGAAAGAAAAGAGGAAGGCCAGCCAAAGCUGGCAUAGGCAGACCCACAAGGGAUGCGCCUCCUCCAGCGACAUCUCAAGACGGUAACGACGGAAUCCCAGCCAAGAAAAAAGGCGGAAGGCCGAGGAAAAUUUACCCGCGCUUGGAAGGGGAGACUAGUAGGGAGCAUGCUAUAAGGAUUGCGAGGCAGCGAAAAGAGCCGAUCCCCCAUUUCGAUGACGACGAAGCUAGUGAUGAAAUGGACAGCAACGGGCCUGCGCUGAAGCCAAACCAAAGAGUCUCUAACAAGAGCAAGAGGUCCAGAUCGAAAUCUAGAGAUGCCGUGACCGACGCAUACGAGCAUAGACGGUUUCACAAAGAACGCAACAGAGCCAGACUGGGUCUACGAGACUGGAGGGACGUCCUCGGUGCCGCGGCACUGGCUGGAUUUCCCCAAGCUGCCUUGGACCGGGCUGCAAGGCGAUGCGCAGAUCUUUUUGGGCAGAGUAUGGAACUGCGUACUUUGACAGAAGGAGGCAGGCAAGACACGCUCAUCAGGUAUGAACCCGGCAUAGUUCCCGUAGUACCCUAUGUACCAGGCGAGGAAAGCGGCGGUGAAGACAAUGACGAUGGGGACAAGCGGCUCUCACAGACUAAGCGCCGUGUGCGCUCUGCCAGCAUCGCAUCAGAUAACUCCCGUGGACGCUCGAGCAGAUCCUGCUCGCGAGGCAGAAGUAGAUCGGGGUCGGCCUCCGCCGUUUGCUCACAUUUCUGUUCGGUCCGGGGGUGUGUUCGCAACGUGGAGGGCUUCUCCCGCAGAACCAACUUGCUGCGACACCUGAGGCUGGUACAUGACAUGGACAGCGAAGAGGUUGCAACUGAUGUUGAUAGCGAAGACGAGAUGGUUGGCGCCGUGCACGUCGACGGGUUCUUGAAGCCUAUCAAAAUACGGAAAGGGUGGCGUGCUACUGAUCAUGCGCCGAGAUCACUUAGGAAGCCGAGGCCAGGGCAUGCCAAGAGGAGGGAUAGUAGUGAGAAAAACAGACGCGGCGAUGGAGAUAUUACAAUGAAUGAAGACUCUCAAUGAGGGUACGUAGACAAAAUCUCAAACAUUCCAACUUGCCAGCAGCGAACCCAUCGUACUUCCCCCUGUGAGCCUACCUACCAUCAUUACAACCCCUUAGCAGCAAACUGCUUCUCAACCUCGUUCGCA